CGUCAGAGACCAAUUGUUCCACCGACAGUUCCCUGCGUGGAUAGUACUGUGCCUGGCAAUGUUCCAUUUUCUAUGAGUGACAGAAAUUCCAUCCGAGCUUCGAUAUGCCUGGCCGCGUGUCGGUCAAAGUGGUGGCGGCCAGGAACCUCCCGGUAAUGGAUAGAGCUAGUGAAGCUUGUGAUGCUUUCACCGAGGUUCGCUUCGGCCAGAUUUGCUACAAAACAGAAAUUUACCGCAAAUCACUCCACCCGCAGUGGAACUCGGAGUGGUUCCGGUUCGAGGUCGACGAUGAGGCGCUGCAGGACGAAAAACUGCAGCUCCGAGUGAUGGAUUACGACACCUACUCCGCGAACGACGCAAUCGGCAAGGUCUACAUUGAUUUGAAUUAUCUACUCAGAGAGGCGAAUUGCGCUAUGCAGGGUUGGCUCCCCAUCUACGAUACACUCCAUGGAAUACGUGGUGAAAUCAAUGUCACUGUAAAGGUUGAUCUCAUUUCGGAUGCCAAUAAAUACAGAGUUUCCUCGGUGGGCAUGAGGUUCUUUUAUUCUGAUCGCGUCCCUGACGGUUACCGUCUGGUUUCCGUUCUGGGCUUCACCGAGGAGCUCAUAGCAGGCGAUGAUCCCGAGUUCCACUGGAUGGAUCGGAUUCGAACGCCGAGAGCCUCAAAUGAAACCAGGCAGGCACUCUUUGCCCGAUUCGCCGGUCAGCUCCAACGUCACGUCGGUUUGAAGGCUCUAGAGCUCGGUGGCAACGCGGUACUUGGGUAUCAGCAGUAUUUCGAUAUCGAAGGCGACAGCGGUAUCGUCGUGCGGGGCAUCGGUACGGCGGUCAAGCUGGAAGCAGACACCGAUGGGCUCUCGAGCCCUCGCAAUCAGGGCCCAAGGACCACGAUGUCGGAGGACAUGGCGGAAUACCCCUUUAUCACCAUGAAACAGGUCCCGCCGGGCCUAAUCGAAAGCGUGGGGGGCGUGGUUUCGGCGAGGUCCGUGAAACUGUUGGACGAGUCCGAAGCCGAAACGAGAGACUCCUGGUGGACGGAGCUCCGGAAGGAGAUCCGAUCACACGCGAAAUCUCUCGGAUGCAAUAUUGUCGUCGGAUAUUCGGAGACGACGACUAUCUACGAGGAAGUUCUCCUGUUGUCAGCCAGCGGAACCGCCGCGUUAUUAUCUAGUCCUGGCCACGCGAGUCAAACGGAUUGUACGUUGUGCCACGCUCCGUAUCGAGCGUCUUCAACACCAUUCAAAACACAGCUGAGCAGCUGUGAACUUUGCACGGUGGGAAAAGUGCCUGACGUGCUGUUCAUGACGAUCGAGCCACCGGCCGCGCUGGGCCAGGUCGAGCGACCGAGUCUCAUCCAAGCGCGCGUCUGCAAGCCCAAGAAAGAUUUGAAGGGGGAAGCGAGUGCUCGCGAAAUCAGUGAUAAUCUACCAUUUCUAGAAUAUGAGCUCCACAAGCAGAUGCUCGCCAAUAUAAAAAAACGUGGUAUGAACGCCAUUAUCGGACUCAACGUUCAAGUGGCGAUUGGAGAGCAUUUCCUCUUGGGAGUUGCGAUCGGUACCGCUUGCGUAAUUCCGGCUCUCCCGCAGCCUGGGAGCACGGCGCCUCCCGUCGUCUCAGGGUCCUUAUCGGAAAGUGAAGAUGACGACAUUCUCAGCUCAUCUUUCAAACAAAGGUUGUGCAUCAUGAAUCUCGACCACUCGGACAAUCUCUUACACGAGUCACGCGACGCGUGUAUUAUUCGGCAACCGCCGGAAGGCUUCUUCUUGGCGUCGACCGAAACUCCUCUCGCCGUGGGACCGCCUUCGAGCUGCUCCCAACUGAUUAUGCAAGCAUUUCGGGUACGACUCACGCAGGCGUUCCAACCUGCACUCGUGGGAGCUUGCACGCCACCGUCGCAGAUGCCGUUUGGCUACGAUAUGAGCCGUCAUCUCGAUCGGAUCGUCCAGAGCUUGUUCGUACGUUUGAGGAAAUACCGCCCGUGUCAGAUAUUCGGUCUGCAGAUCAAGACAAUGUUCCCGCAGGCGGAUGAGAUGCAAGUCACUGUUUUGGGGACAGUGGUGCAUGGCGACAACAGUGGUGGUCGUCAUGUGGGAGUGGAUGUGUCGACUCUGUCCUCGUUGCCGGGAAGGGAAAUCGAAUCGUAUUUGGGCAACUUGAAUUUCUUCUUGAUCCGAGAGACGACUAAUCUCACCCAGAGCUUGAAUGCUUUCGUUGCUACGUUCCUCGAUGAAAUCUUAGCAAUCGCUCGGUGUCAUGUGUCGGCUCUGGGUGGCAACGGUCUCCUCUCCUUCAAGACCGAUCACCAGCUUCUGCUGCACGGAACUCAUAAACAUCAGGGACAAUGUCUAGUCAGCGUACGGGGUGAUGCCGUCCUCCUACGAAGCGUCAAAACUCAGCCUAGCAAUAAUAUAACUAAAGUAUUCGAUGGUUCUGCAUUUCCGGUGUGAGACUCGAUAUGAGAUAUCAUCCGGCUCAUGACUUGGGAAAGAAAUCUCAGAUAUCACCCCCGUCCACGCUCCUAAGCACAAUUGUUCGAUCCGCGAUCGACAAUAAUUUUGUUUUGUUCUUCCAACAUUUCCACGCGUAUGAAUCCAUUUCCCGCAGUGCUCCCUUGAUUUCACUCGCGUGCCCUUUUCUUGACGGGGAAUGACAGGUGAUGAUGUACUAUCGGGAACGACGUUGUAUACCAUGACUGCUCGUCAGCGCCCGAACACUCCCAAUACUGUUCAUAACUUUGACUUUUACCCCUAAACAUAUCUACCAACUUUACAAUGUUAACUGUUCUAGAACGAAGCCAAAUAUAUGAAUAUAUAUAUACCUCUGAAAAUAUACAUAUGGAUAUGAGUGGAAACAACUACAGAUAAAGUCUCUCCGUCUUGG